CUUUCAAUUCAAAUAUGUCAGUUAUAACCUCACGAACAUCCUUGUCUUCAAUAUUGAAGACUUAUACGCCGGCAGAAAGAGAGAAAACCAAAGCGGCGAUUAUGAAUAAAGUUCGCUUUGAAAUGCCCCGACAGAAGGGUAUCCUGGAGGUGGUAAAGGCCGUCGAGGAAAGACAAAAUUUCGAAGCAAUGAAUGAAUUUGUUGCCUUCUUAACGGAAAAUGAUCUUGAUGAUACUGAAUUCAUUUCAAUAUUCAAUGACGCUCGAACCAUAGUCAAUCAAUUGAGUCCAAAAUUUACGCAUCUCGUUGAAGCUUUACUCUCUCAGCAAUGGACAAAUAGAUCUCAGGAGACACGUAAAGCAUAUAGUGAAUUUUGUCUUGAUAUACUGGUAGCUCAUAAUAAAUAUCUACAAUUUGGUAUAAAUAAAUUAAUCAAUCAUUGGAUACCACAAGAAAAUGAUAUAGGCCUAUGGCUAAAUGGUGAACCUACACCCGAAUUAGACAAUGGAUUGCAGGCAAUUCAUCAGCUAUUGGAACGUAUUCUAAAUGCAAUACCAAUGGCAUUUGAUGCCACUCUAGAUGCAAUUGAACAUUCUUUUCCGUACUAUAAGAAAGCGACACAUAUUGUUGUUGGUUAUGUUCAUAAUAUAUUGCAAUUAUUGAAAUAUAAGCCAAUAUUUGGUGAAUAUAUUAUACAAUUGUUAAUGCAAAAUUUAGUUAUACUGGAUGUCCAUGCGCCACGCGCAGCCAUUGAAGAAUUGGAAAGUGAUGAUGAGGAUGAUGACGAGGAUGAAGAUAAUGAACAGGAAAUGUUUGAAAUGGAUGACUGUCGUAAAAAACCAAAUAGCGACCGACCCAUGAAUCAUCCCAUAGCCCAUACCUUAGAUAUAUGCAUGAUGAAAAUAUUUAAUUUUUUGGAUUUGAAAAGUCCCCAAAACUCAGCCACCCAACAGCAACAACAAAACGAAAUGGAACGCCAACAAAAGACUGUAGAAUCAAUAAAAUUUUUACGUCUACUUAUAAAAGCUUUUGACAAUGUUAUAUUACCCAUACACAAUACGCAUCAUGCUCAAUUUAUGUUAUUCUAUUUUUGUAGUUUAAAGCAAUGCCUUGGUGAACAAUUCUUAACAUCGCUUUGGGAUAAAAUAAAAAAUCCUAAUUGUUCGGCGGUAAUAAGACAAGCCUCAGUGGGUUAUAUGGCCAGUUUUUUGGCACGUUCCAAAUUCAUAAAUAUUAAUAUCUUAAAACAUUAUCUCAAGGAAUUAUGUUCAUGGGCCCAUAAAUAUAUACGUGACUGUGAUCAGUAUCGUUCAAAUGGUUCCUUAAAGGCUAAUCUAGUAUUUUUCUCCGUUUGCCAAGCUAUAUUCUAUGUGAUAGCAUUUCGUUCACGCGAUUUAACUGUCGAUAAAAAGAGUUUAUUAUUUUUACAAAGUUUACAUUUAUCCGCCUUGGUGACCUGCAAUUUUAAUCCAUUACGUGUUUGUUUACCGGCCGUGGCCACAGCAUUUGCUGGCGUAACAAGGGCCUAUCAAUUGGCAUAUUGCCAUACAAUUUUAGAACGCAAUGCACGUCGUAAAUUGGCUACAGUUUAUGCCAAUGAUACAGCAACACCGGAAGAGACAUUAGAUACAUUUUUCCCCUUCGAUCCGUAUCUAUUGAAAAUGUCUGGUCAACGUAUUACCCCUAUUUAUUUAGUUUAUCAAGCAAGUGAAGCCGAAGAACAUGUUACUGCAGAAUCGAUGUCAUCGCACCACACUGCUGGUGGUGCUGCUACAAAUUCAAGAAAACGUGGUGAUUCCGAAAUGUUGGACGAUCAUGAAGUUGAUGAUUUCAUUUUAAGUGAUAAACGACAAAGACUAACUAGUUUCUCAAAGACUCAUGAUAGGGAAAAUCAAUUUACAUAUGGUUUGUCACCUGGAUUCCAUAUUUAA